ACCCACCAUUCCCAAAAAGCAGAUAAAAUGAGGCAGUUCAGAGUGUUUAUUUAGGCUAGUGAUCCUCUGAGAGUACAGGUGAAUGUUCAGUUGCACAUAUAUCAUAAUUCACGACAUUCGACGCCUCCUUGCAUCUUAAUCUAUCCACGGCAAUUGCGUAUCCUGAAGGGCUGGAUCUAGCGGCCAAUCCUCAUCCUCAUCUUCAAUGGUUACUAGCUCUGGCGGUGAAGAGCAUGAAGACCCUCGAAGCCCUAUUUGAAGAUGACCACCAGUAUCUUCCUGCGCCUCUCAGCGCACCCGCCCCCUGCCCGCCUGUCUCUGGCCGUUCAGAGCUUACCUCGGGCAUGGAGGUGGACCCUGCGACAUUUCCAGAAGUGGGCCGCGACACGAGCGUUGUCCCUGCGGAUGGCUCAGGUAGAACUUUGUUCAACGGUUACAAUACCGUUCCCAUGAAACUGUCGGACGACCAUAUGGUCUACUCCAAUGCCGAGAAAGAGGAGGGUGCGAAGAAGAUCAGAGAGAAGAAGAGGAGGCUGGAACAGGGAAAGGCUUGA